UUAAUUUCAUCAAAAAAGUUUUCUGGAUAUCACCUGUAUCUGUCAAAAAGCUUCGAACUUUUGAUUGAUUUAGAGAGAAAAACGUAAUCACAUCUCUAACGCCCAAACCCACACUUACCCAUCUUGAAUCCUCAAGCUUUUUUCCAGUUUAUCAAUCCACUUAUGCGAACCUCAAUUCCAUGAUUUCUUCUUCUUCUUGUUUUUGUUUUACCCCCCAAUAAUUUCGCCGAAAUGGGUCAUUGGAUUCACUGAAAAAGAAAAAAAAUGAGUCGAUCUCCAUCGUUUUCAAUGAAGUCAGAGUUACCCAGUUCGACAAUUGAUCCAGAAUCGCUACAAAAAUGGGUAGCUGCCUUCUGUAUUAUUCGAUUCGAUCUCGAGCAAGGUCAGCUUAUCGAAGACUGUUACCCAUCUGGGUGUCUCAGCCAAGAAGAAGAGAUCGAAGUCGCAUUCAGCUCCUUCCCAGAUUCCGUUUCCCAACACCAUAAUCGUUCGAGCAUUCAUGACUGCAUCUUCUUCUUCCGUUUCAGACGGCGUGGAGUCGCUCAGCACCAGUUAAAGCUUCCUUCAUCUGAGAUUACUGAACUAGACGAAGAAGAUAAACCUUCACCUCAAAGGUCAGUUAGAUAUAAUAGUGGUAGAAGAUUCUUGUAUGGAUUUGUUUUCAAUAGACAGAGACAUGAUGAAAAGCUUAGGAGAGGAGGUGAACAGAAAUCCGUUGUGAUAUUAUCUUAUAGCCCUUAUUCUAGUGUAUUCAAACCAUUGCUUCAAAUUAUGGGUCCUUUGUAUUUUGAUAUUGGUAAGAAAUCUCUUGAGCAUAUUGCAGCUUGUAUAUCAAAAUGGCCAAAUCCAGUUCCUGGUAAACUAAUGGAACUCCCUAUUGGAAAUGCUUCACUGAAGGUUAAUUUACCACCUUCCCAUUCCUUACCCUUAGAUGAAGAUGGUAUUAACAUCUUUGAAGAGUCAAAUUCAGCCAUGGCACCAUUUCUCCCCAAUAACCAGUCAGUUCCUCAAGGUCUCUUUCAUGAUUCAGAUAUAUUCGCCAUUUUCAGAGGCGUUUUGUUACAGUUAUGGAUGUUGUGGGAGUUAGUUCUUAUCGGAGAACCUAUUUUAGUCAUUUCCCCAACAGCUCCACAGUGUUGUGAAGCUGUCACGAGUCUAGUCAGUUUGGUUGCGCCUCUUCUAUGCAGUGUUGAUUUUCGUCCUUACUUUACUAUCCAUGACCCGGAGUUUAAACGUUUGAAUUCACUUCGAGAAGGGGAUAGUUUCCCUUCGAUGGUUUUGGGAGUGACGAAUCUCUUCUUCUUGAAGUCUCUCAAGCACAUUCCUCAUGUUCUAUCGGUUGGAAAUCCUUCGAUGAAUUCUAGCCGAGUCUCUGUUUCGAACGUGCCUCUCAAGAGAUUCUCUCCGGCUGGUUUUUUGAAUGCUGUGAAAAUGAGGAGGGAUGGUCCGCUCUGUUUGAUGACAGAACAUAGGGAAGCUAUAUGGAGCAGUUAUAAUGCGACGACGAAACCAGAUACUUCGAUCUUGAACAGGCUUAUCGAUGCGGGUUUAUCUCCUAGAGUUGAGGAAUCUAUGUCAGUUGUGAAUAAUGAGAUAUUGAGACGACACUUCUUAGAGCUCACAACCAACUUUUUGGCACCUUUUGGUCCCUAUUUUAGAGCCACUACCCCUUCUGCAGGAUCUUCUCCUUUUGUUGAUCCGCCUCCUUUGCCUCCGUUUAAAGUUGAUGAAUUUGUCGCUAGUUUGUCUGCUAGAGGGCCCGGGAAGUUUCUUUCGAAGAGAAUGAGAUCAAAUUGGCUGGAAUUAUAUCGGCGGUUUUUGAAUGGGCAGAAUUUUAUGCCAUGGUUUUCGAGAAGGCGUGCUGUUGCUGAGAAAGAACAGCUUAGAUUGUGGAGACAAGCUAGAAUGGUGUCUGAUAUAACAUUGGUUAUGUCUAGGAUGUCGGAAUUGGAGGUUGUUGAUUUAUUCAAUGCUAUCGAGAGAUUUAUUCUUGAAGAAACUAUUUUGGGAAAGACUUGCGAGAAAUUCAAGAGUGAUUUGUUGGCAGUUUUCAAUGUUAUACCCGAGGAUGUACAGCAGCUUCUAGUUUUGAACCCGCAGAGGGCAGCUCUUCUAAAUGUUGAAGCUUCCUGAUAAUAUAUCAUUUUAGCGACAUAAAUCGAUGAAGGAGACCAAACAUUAUCUAGUAUCUUGUCCUGAAAUUCAAUCCCCGAAACUUUGAAUGAGAGAUUCAAGCCUGAUUAUUGGCGAACGAUAGAGAAUGAAUGAAGACAGUGCUCUCCUAAGUAGAGGUGAUUGAGAACUCUUGUGUAUUUGUAGCUUGUCUUGUUCUUAAUGAUAAUCAUUGUCUCAAUAUAUUUUUUUCUUCUUUUCCCUUUUUGUACUAUGAAAAAAUGUUUACAUUUUCUUGCAUA